UGAUAUCUAGGAAUGGCUCGUGGCCAAUUUGCUAUCUAAUGUUGUUGAGAGUCUAAACCAUGCCAGUGCAACUUGGUGUUAGACUAAGGAUGGGAAUUGGGCUAUUACUUUCUUGGAUGGCAAUGGUAACAAUUGUUGAGAGCAUUAGACGAAGGAAAGCUAUCCAAGACGACAAUUUCAUGGACAUGUCUGCAAUGUGGCUUCGGCCGCAGUACUGCUUACUUGGCCUAGCUGAAGCUUUUACUACAACAAGGCAAACAAAGUUCUUAUAUACUUUAGCUCCCAAAAGCAUGUCAAGUAUUGCUACUACUCUGUUGUUGCUAGGAAUUGUUGUGACCACUUGGCUAUCCGAUGUUGUUGUGAACGGUAUCUGACAUAACUUCAAGAUGAGGAAACAAAUUUGGAUUUCAAAUAACAUGAAUAAAGGUCAUUUUGACUAUUACUUUUGGGUUUUUACUAUAAUGAACUUCAUCAAUGAGA